GGUAUAAAGGGGGCUGUGGGCUGAGAAGACUCUCAGACUCAAGAAGCUCACUUCCCUGGAAAUUCACCCAGACCUCCACCUUUUGACACCAUGGUCAGCUCCUGUUGUGGCUCCGUCUGCUCUGACCAGAGCUGUGGUCGAAGUCUCUGCCUGGAGACCUGCUGCCGCCCCAGCUGCUGCCAGACCACCUGCUGCAGGACCACCUGCUGCCGCCCCAGCUGUGGUGUGUCCAGCUGCUGCCGCCCGGUCUGCUGCCAGCCCACCUGCCCUCGCCCCACCUGCUGCAUCUCUAGCUGCUAUCGCCCCUCCUGCUGUGUUUCCAGCUGUGGUUCCAGCUGCUGCAGGCCUACCUGCUGCAUCUCCAGCUGCUGCAGGCGCCAGUGCUGCCAGCCCACCUGCUCUCACCCCACCUGCUGCAUCUCUAGCUGCUCCCACCCCUCCUGCUGUGGGUCCAGCUGUGGGUCCAGCUGCUGCAGGCCCACCUGCUGCAUCUCCAGCUGCUACCGCCCCUCCUGCUGUGGGUCCAGCUGUGGGUCCAGCUGCUGCAGGCCUACCUGCUGCAUCGCCAGCUGCUACCGCCCCUCCUGCUGUGCAUCCAGCUGUGGGUCCAGCUGCUGCAGGCCUACCUGCUGCAUCUCCAGCUGCUGCAGGCCCCGGUGCUGCCAGCCUGUGUGCUGCCAGCCCACCUGCUCCCGCAUCUCCAGCUGCUGCCGCCCCUCUUGCUGUGGCUCCGCCUGCUGCCUGCGCCCAGUGUGUGGCCGGGUCUCCUGCCACACCACUUGCUAUCGCCCCACCUGUGUCAUCUCCACCUGCCCCCGCCCCGUGUGCUGUCCCUCCUCUUGCUGCUGAAUCUCUGCUUUGAACAUACUGCUUCCUCAUUUCCUCCCUCCCCACAGUUGCAGAGCUUCUUUUUAAAAUGUGGAGGAUUCAAGAGAACUGGUCCCUUGAAUUUCAUAAGUAAACAUCAGACAGACUGAGCCCUCGAUCUAACUUCUCUCCAAACUCCCCCACUUCUAAAUGAAAUCACUCAGAAUCUACCCAAAAAUUACAAUCUCCCAACACUCUUCCCUAUUUCUUCAGGACAUCUGUUUUUUCAUGCUUAAGGGAUUUGUCUCCAUCACUAGUGAGGCCACUCGAUUUUUAUCUCUCUGAUAUGGAAAUCCAAUGAAGAUUUUUUUGCUGUACUCUUUGGUAAAGAUUUUCUUAUGUCUUGUUAUUUCCAUGAACCUAAAUAAACGUCUUCCUACUGGCACUGAAAAUUGAA